GCCGAAUGCCCCGGUUGCUACUUACUUUGCCUUGACAAGCAUGUUUACCAAGUUGCCUGCGUGGCGGAAUGCGAAGCUGAGCGAUGGGCCGCCGUUGGCUGGGCCGGAGAGCCAGCGUGGCCACCAUGCCUUUCGACGUCGGCAAGACGAGGACACAAGUCUACCGUGACACCGGCACCGCAACACAAGCUGCUAUUGUGGCGAUGGAGAAGAGCGCCGCGAGACCGGAGGAGAGGAACAUGGCAAGACUGCUGUGGCAUAUAUUUUCCACGGAAGGCGUGGCUGGUCUCUUCAGGGGGUGGAUUCCCCGCACGCUUAAGAUGGCGCCAGCGUGUGCCAUUAUGAUUAGCAGUUAUGAGGUCGGAAAGAGGGCCUUUAGGGGCGUGAAUGAACGGGCGGCCAUGAAGGAGCGAGAGGAGCUUGCGCAGCAACAGCAACAUGACCUCUCAAAAGAGACUUGAGAAGAGGCUCUUCAUUACUUUGGUUGAUCUGUCUGCUUGCCCAAAGGAAGGAGUGGUAAUCGUCGGGGAUUUGGUUUCGAGAUCUUUUUAGCUUUUCUCUUCUCUUCUGUCCUUUUUGUCCUAAGGGUUUGUUCCCUACCAAUACCUCUUCUCUCCACACUUGCAUCUUGGAGUUCAUGUUUCUUCUUUUUGUAACUUUUAGGGUGGCCACGGUCAACUUUCGCAGCAUGUUUGGCGUUUGAGAUCUUAGACAUGGACGGAACGGAGCGAGGCAAUGGACCAAAAGUAGUAAUUUCUCCUCAUC